CAUUGUUUACAACGUUUGACUUGUACAAAAAAGUAAUUUUCAAGUAAAUUUCAUCAUGAAAAUUCAGGUCAAAUUGCUUGGAAGUCCAGAAAAGUCUAUUGAGGUAGAUCCUUCUGAGGCAGUAUCGUCUGUGAAAAAAAAAGUGGAGCAAGUAUUUAAUAUAUCUUGUGAACUACAAAGACUUGUUUUCAAGGGCAUUUCUUUAGCUGAUUCUUCCACUUUGAGUGAUCAUAAUAUAAGCGAAAGUUCCAAAAUCCAUUUGUUUGUCAAGAAAGCAACACAUAAUGCUCCCCGACAAACAGACACUUUAUGGACAGAACUUCGAAGAUUGUUAAACAAACAUUUUUAUGAAUCAGAUGCUGAAGAAGUUUUGGAUAACUUUAAGGAGGAUUUCAGAACAACAUUAAAAGAACUAAGUUUAGAUGAUUUAGAAAGACUUGGACAUUACCAUUUACAAAGAAGAUCUGUGCCAAAAAGUUAAUGUUCAAGAUUGUCUAGUUUCCAUAGAAUGCCACAAAAUUUAGUAUGUUUUGUGCCUGGUAGUGCAUUGAGUCAAACCACUAUGGUUUGACUGUACCGUGGACAUCAAUGCAUAUGUAAAACUAGUCCAUUGAUGAAAAAUAUUUUGAGACCUCUUAUAUUGAAUGAGAUCAAGAAUGCCCUUGAAUGCCCUUAUUGUAUACUUAACCCAUUUUAUUUGUUGUUUUGCAUUUUCAUAAAAUAACAUGUCCUCAAUUGUAUGGAGAAUGAGCAAAAUACUUCCUCCAAAUUGUAAUGUACACUAAUACAAGAAAUUGACUAGACUACCAAAACAUACUCAGACAUGUUUUGAUUGUUUUGUUCAGAUGCAGUCUUUCUAAUAAUACCAUAUAGUUCCAAGAAAUUAUCUAUUAACAUAAUUGUUGUUUCCCUAUAUUUGGGUUGUCUCAUUAUACAAAAAAUAAUCACAUCAUAUAAGAAUAAUCAUAUAUCCAUGGUUUGUAAAAUCCAGUGGUGCACUGCCCACUGGUUUUUCCUUGUAGUAUCUACCCCAUUAGCGGAGUCUCAGUUUCCUCCUCUUCCUAAUUUGCCUUUAAUAUAUUUAAGGAUGAAAUUCAAACAGCUGUUUCAAUAUCCUGUAGAUAUUGUUCAAUAAAGUAAACAGUGAUUAAUCUUCAAAAAACACUGGAAAUGCUGCUAUUAAAUCCACACCAAUUAGUCUAUUUUUAGUCUAAGAUAUACCUAUGGCAAAUUGGAAUCAGUUUUGAUAGGAAAUAAAACGAAUUGCUGCAAAAAUA